AUGUCGAAUCGCGAAAAAGAUAUCAGUGCUCUAUCGAACGUUUACGCGACGACGACGUGUGCGCGAGUGCAAUCCUCUUACCGGACCGGUAACGGUAACCAAUUACACGAUUGCUGUCCGUACACGGCGGAUUUUCUCGGCAUUUCCGAUCCCGCAUUAAAACGCUUGCGUACCGAUAUCGUCGAGUCAACGGCCGGUCGAACGGUUUAUACCUUAUUUAAACGUUUUCUUUGCACGCAAGAAAAAGUUUUAAUUCGUACAACAUUUUCUCAACAAAAAUUAACAAUUUUCUGUGAACAUUUUUCACCCAAAUAAGUGUACACGGAAAAAUUAUAACAUGAUGAAGAGAUUAAAAUAUCA